UUGUUCUUCAAGAAAGGCGACAACGCACUCUUGAAGAACUACAGACCGAUUUCCCUCCUGAGCCGCGUCUACGUGCUGUUUUCGAGAGUCAUUAUGAAUCAGCAGCGACCUGGCGAGGACUUGGCGGAGUGGGCCGCGCGGGUGCGUAGCCUGUCUCAGUACUGCGGCUUCACUUUUGAGCUGGAGACGGCAAUGAGAGACCGUUUUGUCCUGGGUUUGGAAAACGUAAAGGAGAGAGAAAAGUUAUUUGCUGAGAGUAUCAUGGACUUGACCUUUAGCAGGGCUCUGGAGCUGGCACAGAGUGUGCGGUGUGCGAGAUUCGCUAUGCAGAGCACUAGCGUCACCUCACAACUAGGCGUUCCCGCAUCUCCUCAGGAUGUGUUCGCGAUGCAUUCCCGUGGUGUAAACAAGUGCAGUGUUUGUGGUUACUCAAAUCAUAGCAAAGAUCAGUGUCGAUUUUCGAGUUAUUCAUGUAAGAAGUGCCAUAAAAAAGGGCAUCUUCGUAGAAUGUGUAAAUCUUUAAUUAAACCUAAUAACUAUAUCGCGGCGAAUGACGAUGACAUCGUUCAAGGUAUUUAUGAUCUAUUUACUAUUAAGUGUAAUAACGGCGAGCCGAUGCGCCACAUGGUUUUCAUAGGUGAGACUGGCUUGGUUUGUGAAAUUGAUAGUGGUAGUGCAGUGUCGAUAUUACCAUUUAGAGUUUAUGAAAACUAUUUUAAGAAUAUUUAUAACCUAAAUAAAAGCAAAGUAAUACUAAAUUGCUAUAAUGGUAGCAAAAUUUCUCCUGUAGGUUUUAUAACGGUACCCGUUACGUACGAGUCACGUAUUGAACACAUUAGGUUAUUUAUUAUUCAAACAAAUAAUAAGCAACCAGCACUAUUAGGGCGGGACUUUAUAAGCGCUUUUAAUUUACAGUUAUGUACAGCGAAUUGCAACAACCUGACCAUCAACACAAAUUAUGACAGUAUAUUAAGAGAAAAAUAUGCCAAGCUAUUUUCAAGUGAAUUAGGAACAUUUAAUAAGUUUAAAAUUCACUUAAAAUUGAAAUCCGACGCCGAGCUAAAAUUUUUUAAACCACGUCCUGUACCUUUAGCUUUAAAACCUAAAGUGGAAAAAGAGUUGAAUCGUUUACUAGACUUGGGUAUCUUAGAAAAAGUGAAUCACUCAAGGGUGGCCACGCCCAUUGUCCCAGUUUUAAGAUCAGACGGGGAUAUUAGAAUAUGUGGCGACUUUUCAGUAACAUUGAAUAAAGUUUUAUUUAUGGAUAAUUAUCCGUUGCCGCGCAUUGAGGACUUGUUUGCUAAACUUCACGGGGGAGAACAAUUUUCGAAAUUGGACCUUUCUAGAGCAUACAAUCAGUUGGUUUUAGAUGACACGAAAGAAUUAACCUGUAUAAAUACUCACAAAGGAUUAUUUAGGUACACCAGAUUAGUGUUUGGUUUGUGUUCUGCGCCGAGCAUUUUUCAACAAACUAUGGAGAAUUUACUUGCUGGUAUAGAGGGUACGGGUAUAUUUCUUGAUGAUAUUUUGGUUACGGGCCCCACAAAAGCAGUACAUAUGGAACGUCUAGAGCAAGUAUUAAGUAGGUUACAGGAUGCAGGGUUACGGUUAAAAUCAGAGAAAUGUGAACUAUUUAAAGACUCUGUUGAAUAUUUAGGUUUUAUUAUCGAUAAAACGGGUCUCCGAAAAUCAAAACAGAAAGUAGAUGCUAUAUUAAAAUGCUGUAGACCUAAAAAUGUAAGCGAGUUAAAGUCAGUUCUAGGCAUGAUUAAUUAUUAUAGAUGUUUUGUGCCGAAUACAUCUGCAUUACUUAGGCCUUUGCAUUCCUUACUUAAAAAGGGGGAAAAAUGGAACUGGAGUAAGGAGCAUGACAAGGCGUUCGAAUUGAUAAAAAAAGAACUAGCGUCUGAUCGAGUGCUGGCUCACUACAACGCGUUGCUGCCGACUAUAGUGACGGCAGACGCGGGUCCGAGCGGUCUCGGCGCGGUGCUCGCGCAGCGUCAGCCUGACGGCACGGAACGCGUCGUAGCCUAUGCCUCGCGUUCACUCACUCGGGCGGAAUGCAAUUACGCUCAAAUCCAAAAGGAAGCCACCGCUAUUAUAUUUGCAAUAAAAAAAUUCCACCACUAUUUGUAUGGCCGAACGGUACCGUUUAUCCUAAGGACGGAUCAUAAGCCCUUACUAACCAUUUUCGGAAACAAAAAGGGUAUACCUGACAUGGCGGCUAAUCGGCUUCAACGGUAUGCGAUCUUUUUAUCUGCCUAUAAUUUCACAUUAGAGUAUGUUAGAAGUGACAGCAAUGUGGCUGAUUUCUUAUCGCGAUCUGUAAAUCAAUUACAGAACGAAAUUGAUAAUGAAUGCUCGGAUCUUGAUAAAACAUUGUAUAUUAAUUUUAUAGAUAACUCAGUUUUAAAACCAAUAACUGUGGAAGAUAUAAAAAAAGAAACAUCCCGUGAUAAUCUUUUAAUAAAAGUGUUAGAGUUUAUGCGUAACGGAUGGCCUCGGAAAGUGUCAGAUCCCUUAUUAAAGCCAUAUUUUAAUUGUCGGUCAGAGUUAGCCCUAGAAAAUGGUUGUAUCCUGCGGGGCCACAAAGUAAUCAUACCGUCAAUAUUCCGCGAGCAGCUAUUAAACGAACUACAUUCUUCACACUUUGGCGUGGUAAAAACCAAAGAGCAGGCCAGAGCCCGGAUGUGGUGGCCACAUAUAGAUAGGCAUGUUGAGGAAAAAAUAGGGUCGUGUUCAGUGUGUAAUAAGUUUCGAUGCGCACCUCCGCGCACACCUCUUGCUUCCUGGCCCUACCCGGCACAGGUAUGGGAUCGUUUGCAUAUAGACAUUUUUUCGUUAUAUGGUAGAAACUUUUUAAUUGCAGUCGACGCAUAUUCUAAGUGGGUAGAAUGCUACCAACUUACUAGUACCAAUAGUGAGGCUAUUAUUACUAAGCUAUGUGAGAUAUUUAGUCGGUUUGGAUUAGUAAAAACCAUUGUAUCGGAUAAUGCCACAAAUUUUUGUUCUGAUGAAAUAAAUAAUUUUUUUGUUUCUAAUGGAAUACAACAUUUGACUAUCGCGCCUUAUCACCCCCAAUCAAAUGGGCAAGCAGAAAAUAGCGUUAAAACUGUAAAAAGAGGAAUCAAAUUAAUUAUAGAGGAAAAUGGAUUAAAUAAUCAAAUUAUUUCAAAAAAAAUUAAUAAAUUUUUAUUUGAUUAUAGGAACAGUCGGCAUUGCACUACCGGUUUUUCUCCAGCUCAAUUAAUGUUAGGGCGCUCCUUGCGGUGUCGGCUCGACCUGUUAUCAGUCACUACUGAAUCGUUACUGCUGUCAUCGACAUCCGCCGUAAAAAAAAAUGUUUUGUCUCAACAGAUCUCUCAAUGUAAGCAGUAUGGGGGCCGUCGUACAACUUCUUUUGCUAUUGACGAUAAAGUAUUAGUUAAGUGUUUUUAUAAUAAUGGUUCCAAGCAUGUGUGGAAACUUGGAAGAAUAGUUAAGAAAGUUGGCUCUAGAAUGUAUGUGGUAAAAAUUGAAAAAUCAUGUAAAAGUUUAAAAAAACAUAUUGAUCAUCUAAUAGCUUAUAAAGGAAAUUGUACAUUACAAGAUGACGUAAAUACGGAUAUUUCUUAUACCGAUAAUGACGUCAUAGAUUAUUAUACACCUUCUGGAACUGCUCGGGAUACAGCGAAAGAACAAAAUGUUCAAAAUACCUUACAAUGUACUCAUUCUAUGAACGAUUCCUCAAGUAGCGGUCUAUUGCCCCCGGAAUUAGAACUAGGGGAGGAGAGGAUCGUUAGCGUUGGGCCGAGUGAUACGGUUAGUGCGGUUGGUAAUGUCUUGACAGACUCAGCUCUUCCAGAAUCUGUUUCUGUACAGGCCACGUCCAACCAGGCUGUCACAGAGCAUUCAAGGGGUGUCCGUUCUACUAGAAAUAAGAAUCCUAUUUAUAAAGUUUAG